GAGUUCUAGUAAAAGAAAAAAUAAAAUCCCAAGACUAAACAUUUUUUUGCAACUGCAUAUUUUACUAGUCAUCAUUUUAUUUUCUCAUCAACUAAUCUCAUUCAUUCCCUCCGUUAUAACCAAGGCCAACAACCUAUAUUCACUAUGAAUUUGUAGAUGUUAAUGGAGUUCACAAACAAAACAAGAGAAAAAGAAGAGUAAUGAAAAGCAUACUUGGCAAGCUUUAGACCACCUAUAUCUAACCAACCUUGUCUUGUUUUGGUCCCAUAUUAGCCUCAAGCUACUCAAAGUGUGGCUCAUCUUAAUCUUAUAUAACACCCCAAAAACAGUCCCAUUAAAUCUCUUCUCCCAAAAACCAAACCAAACUCACACCAGUCACUCUUACUCUCAUCUCCUCUCUUCUUUCAUUCUUCACUCCCCAAAGUCUCAUCACCAGAACUUUUACACCAAAAACAAAACUGGGUUGUUUUCAUUUUAGUUUGUGAAGGAAGAAAAAUUCUGUCUUUUCUUGUUUUUUUGGUUGAGAAAUUAUGGCUGGGACUGGAGUUUUUGCAGAUGUAAUUGAGGGAGAUGUGUACAAGUACUACUGUGAUGGAGAGUGGAAAAAAUCUUCUUCUACUAAAAGUGUUGCUAUUAUCAACCCCACAACUAGAAAGACCCAAUACAAGGUUCAAGCUUGUACACAAGAGGAAGUGAACAAGGUUAUGGAGAUAGCAAAAUCAGCUCAAAAAUCAUGGGCAAAGACUCCUCUUUGGAAACGAGCUGAGCUUCUUCAUAAAGCGGCUGCUAUUCUCAAGGAACACAAAGCUCCAAUUGCAGAGUGUCUUGUUAAGGAAAUUGCUAAACCAGCCAAAGAUGCUGUCACUGAGGUUGUGAGGUCUGGAGAUCUUGUGUCAUAUUGUGCAGAAGAAGGGGUUAGGAUUUUGGGAGAAGGGAAGUUUUUGGUUUCUGACAGUUUUCCAGGAAAUGAGAGGACCAAGUAUUGUCUCACUUCCAAGAUUCCUCUUGGUGUGGUAUUAGCUAUUCCACCAUUUAACUACCCUGUCAACCUUGCUGUCUCAAAAAUUGCUCCUGCUCUUAUAGCUGGAAACUCCCUUGUGCUCAAGCCCCCAACUCAGGGUGCUGUGUCAUGUCUCCACAUGGUGCACUGUUUUCACUUAGCUGGUUUUCCCAAAGGCCUUAUUAGCUGUGUCACUGGGAAAGGAUCUGAGAUUGGUGACUUUCUUACCAUGCACCCUGGAGUAAACUGUAUAAGCUUCACAGGUGGAGACACUGGUAUUGCAAUCUCAAAGAAGGCAGGGAUGAUACCUCUCCAAAUGGAAUUGGGAGGAAAAGAUGCUUGCAUUGUGCUUGAGGAUGCUGAUCUUGAUUUGGUUGCUGCAAACAUUAUAAAAGGAGGUUUUUCCUACAGUGGUCAAAGGUGUACUGCUGUUAAAGUUGUUUUGGUGAUGGAAUCGGUUGCGGAUGAACUUGUUGAGAAAGUGAAGGCAAGGGUAGCAAAAUUGAGUGUUGGACCACCUGAGGAAGACAGUGAUAUCACUCCUGUUGUUUCGGAAUCUUCAGCUAAUUACAUUGAAGGAUUGGUUAAGGAUGCUAAAGAGAAAGGAGCAACAUUUUGCCAGGAAUACAAGAGAGAAGGCAAUCUUAUUUGGCCUUUGUUAUUAGAUAAUGUGAGGCCUGAUAUGAGAAUUGCUUGGGAAGAGCCAUUUGGACCAGUUUUACCAGUUAUUAGGAUUAGCUCUGUUGAAGAAGGAAUCCACCACUGCAAUGCCAGCAAUUUUGGACUCCAGGGUUGUGUCUUCACAAAGGAUAUCAACAAAGCAAUCCUAAUUGGAGAUGCAAUGGAGACUGGAACCGUUCAGAUAAACUCUGCACCGGCUCGCGGACCAGAUCAUUUCCCAUUUCAGGUAAACACACACACAAACACACUUCAUAUGAUCAUAUUUGAGAUCAACAUUUUCUUUGAAUCCAAACAAGUUCUUUUCUUGGUUGCAGGGUAUAAAAGACAGUGGUAUUGGGUCACAAGGGAUCACAAACAGCAUUAACAUGAUGACCAAAGUGAAGACCACUGUCAUAAACUUGCCAACUCCUUCUUACACCAUGGGUUAGUAGUAAUACCCUUUUAAGGAAUUGGAUAUUCACAUUCAAUAAUAAUACUUAGUAGUGUUGUAGUAGAAGACUUAUAAUAUAAUAAAUUGUAUUAUAACUAUUAUUAUUUAGUAUUUGAGUAUUAUUAGAAAGGGUGACAAUAAUGUAGAGACUCUUGCUUGCUACAAUAAUGUUCUACUUUGUAGUGUUAUGAUGUUAAAUGCAAACAAAGAAAACAAGAAGAAAAUUAUAAAAAAAGAAUGGUUUUCUUUUGCUUCUGUUGUAUUUGUUUGUUAUGUUAACCAAAAGGGUUAUGAAAUCUUGGUAUGAAUAAGAACAUGAAGCCUUAUUUAUUUGCUCAUAA